GAGAGAUGGGCUGACUGGUCUCCUUGGCUACUGAGUUCUGAGUCUGAGCUGAAACGCUAACUCUCUCCGCGAGAUGUUGUGAAAGAGGCUGAGUCUGAUCAGAGUUUUUCCGGGUUUGAUGCAGGUUCGCUCAUUCCGCCCCUCACCCCAUCCCCGUGUUCACAGAGCAGGAAGUGUCAGGCUGCUCCUGGGGCGCAUUGAGAGCGGGUGUUUUUGUUUUGUUUGUGGUAGAGUCGCUGCUGGAGGGAUUGAACCUGAAGCAGACUCCCGGGUCUGAAGAGUCUGACAGGCGGAUCCAGGCGGAUCACUGGCCGGGGGCUGAAAGUUUGAAUUGUGGAUGGGUCGAACGUUGCCUCCCUUGUUGCUGCUCGGCCUCUUCCUGUUGCGGCCGCUCCAUGCGGAAGCUGGAAGAAAAGAAAUGUUUGCUGCCAUUGGUUCAUCGGUUUUACUGGAUCCUGAACAUGAAGCUAAUCUCAGCAACAGUGAAAUUAUUUGGAGUUUCACUGGCAGCAAUGGGAACCUUGUGACGAUCUUGGAUUACGUACCAAACCACCCAAUGGAGGAGCCAAAUAACCAUUUCAAAUCUCGCUUACAUUUCAAUUCGUCCAUUGGAUCACUGACGUUAAAUAAUUUAAACCCCGGUGACCAAGGGUUUUAUACCUUCACUGUAGGUGAGAAAUGGAAAUGGACUACAUACCUGAAACUCGUUGAACCACUUUCUCAACCCUUGAUUGCCAGUAAUUCUACCUGUGUGGAUACCACCAUUGAACUAACCUGUCAAGUGUCUGAGGGGAAAGCGAAUUCCAUUCUGUGGCGGAAAGAUGACAAAGAGUUAACAAAUGGUCAACGUUACCAGUUAUUGCAAAACAACACGUUGAUUAUUUCCAAAGUCAUAAAAUCAGACUGUGGAAUCUACACUUGCACCAUGGAAAACCCUGUUCGUAAGAAGAACAAUUCAUAUUCUCUUACUAUUUACGGUCUUACAUAUAUACAUCAGAGCACAGUGGCAUGUACCACGGCUGCAUUUGUUACUGCUGUUGCCAUACUGUUAACUGCUGGUGCAACCCUUUUGGAUAAAGUGCCAUGCUUGAAUGAGAACAGGAAAGCAAGGUUCCAGUUUGUUCAAAAGAAGAUGCAACAUUUCUUGCAGCUUGCCCCAGUGAUUUCAUUUGCCUUUCUUUUCAGUGCAUAUGUGUUUUGGAUACAAACUGAAGUUUGCCAUGAAAUGUCCAAUGCUGUAACCUCAGUUGCUGAAAUCAUCGCAACACGUGUUCUGUUUGCUGAAAUAAUGGGACAAACUGGGCCUUCUGGAAUCACCAGGAUCCUGUUGGCGCUUUUAUGUCUCCACCUAAUAAUAAUCACAUUUACAACUUUUAAUAUGAUGACCUGUGACAGACACAUGUUAAAUAGGAUCUUGUCGACCAAAAUUUGCCGUGUGAUUCUCGGUGCUGCAGCUCCAUUGGGUGGGAUCAUUGCGAUAUGUGUGUCAUGUAUUCUGACUGGAGAAGUAAUGAAACAAACUGGUGAAGAAUGUGAGCCAGCAGCCAAUCUACAAUCAACUAUAAUUUUUGCUGCGUUGAUGACAUUAAUUAUUCUUGUUGUAACCUUUGCACCCCGCAAAAAAUACACAGAAUGGAAAAAAUGGAUAUGUGGACCUCCGUGUGCAAACACCCGUGCCAGUGAUGAGCAUCCUAAUGAGUCUCAGUGCACCGAGUUGAAGGAAAAACCCUUAAAUCUAGGACAGCCACCGUUGAAUAACUGACUUACAUCUGGGAGCACUGCUACUGUUGAAGGACUGCUUUAAACCUAUGAGCGCUGCUAUUACCAACAAACUACCUUCAAUUUGGACUUUAAACACAGGGGGAAUCUAUGAGCCUGAAGCAUGAUUUUUCAACAUCAAAUUUUGAAGAGUGGAGAAUCACAUGAAUGUCCAGUUUCCCUUAUAUGUUCUAACAAGUACAGAAGCACUAUUAGCUCAUAUUUUUAAUAAUUUUACACUGAAUACAACUGUCUUUCUGUCUCAUGA